UUGGACAUUUAUUUUAACCAACAAGUACUGCUGAUCGUUACUUUAUAUGCUAUUUAGGGUGGAGAUUAGCAUCGCGGGACUGAAUGAAAUCACUGCAGAGGUUCCUGAUGUGACUUGUUGUGACAAUAAAGAGCAAGUGUGCGCAAGGUUACGGUUAAAGAUGCACUUCAUAGUCUCAUGUAUCCGGUUUAAUCAUCACUUCCGGCCCCCCACCACCGCCAUGUGCUUCAAACCUCCUCAAGCUGUCAAACACAUCCAAUGAUUCACAGGCAAUAAAAAUCCACUUAGAAAUCCCACCGAAAUGUCGUCUGAUGAGGAAAACGAUGAAGUCCAGGAUUUGGAGAAGAUUCGUGAUAAAUUCAUGAGUUUACCACCAAGUGAGAGGAUGCAUGUAAGUGCCUGGGAGGAUGACAACGACGGAAUCGAGCCGCAACGAAACCCUGAAGAUGCCGAUGCGAGGGGUGUAUUGCUCGCUGCAGAGAAGGGAAAUAUGAAGAGAUUAGAGAUCCUUCUGGAUAAAAAUCCAGAUCUGAUGAAUGUCAUUGAUAAGGAUGGAUAUACCCCACUGCACAGAGCCUGUUAUGGUAACCACGUCAAUAUAAUUCAUUAUUUACUGUCGAGAGGGGCUAAGAUAGAUGCAAAGACAAUCGAUGGCUGGGAGCCUUUGCACUCUGCCUGUUGCUGGAACAACGUAGAUUGCAUCUCCAUGCUCAUCUCCAAUGGUGCUAACGUUAAUGCCAUGACCAAUGGAAAUCAAUCACCACUUCACCUGGUGUGUGCAAGUUCUCACAAUUCCCCAGCCCUUCAGCUACUCCUCCUCCAUCCCGAUGUUAAUAAAACAGCAGUGAAUUCCAGUGGUGACACACCCCAAAUGAUCGCCGAGAGGACAGGAAAAUAUUAUCCAUUGUUCGAGAUGAUAGAGCCUUGUUUGAACGAAAUUUAACAUGUUACCAUUGUUCAAUAAAUCAAUCUCACUAAUUUUUACAUUUUUCAACGGAAA